AUGGCAAGAAUUGUGUUUUGCUGUGCGUGCUGUGAGGGCUCGCUCGUGAAGAUCAAGGCCUGGGUGGAGCAGCGGCUGAACGAGCGGAAAGUCUCCUGGGAGAUGCUUCCUGAGGAGGGUGGACCGAGGGAGAUGCCCAGCUUCUCUCACGGCUACCAGGUCGUCGGAUCUCUGACGCAGAUGAAGCUGAUCCCUAUGAAGGCGGUGAGGGGUCUCAGGAAUGUCUUCGAAUACACCACUCGGCUCGGCUUGCAGAGCCUGGAGACAUUUCACUUCAUGCGGGACUAUGAUCGCACACAGGUGAUCUACCCUGCAAGGCAUCUGCCGCGAAGCUCUACGGUGCCCGUCAGGGGGCCCGAUGCUGGCGGAACUGAGAGCUUCUUCGCAAUCAGCGGCCGGCAGGGUGAUCGUCUGCUGCUUCGCCUGGAGGUAUCGGACGCUCAUGUGACGGUGAGCGCAAGCCAGUCGUCCGGCACACGCACGUGGCACAGUCAAGAGGGGCGGAUGCGAAAGCGCUUCUUCGUGGCAGGCUCUUCGUGGGAUCGUUGCAUCGCCAUGGACCAGGAUGCAGAUCAUCCAGACAGGUAUUUCGCACAGGUGAUGGUCGUCUCUCGGACAUGCGCGGAAGAAUUCCAGAUCCUGCUCGACGAGGAUCCAAAUCGAGCCAUCUUUCCAGAAGCGCCUAGAUCCACGAGCGGUGGCUCCAUGGUCAUGGGUCCGGAAUCUGGCAAAUCAGACAAGAAGUUUCUCAUCGCUGGCUACCCAGGCACCACCUUCGAGAUAUGCCUGGACCUCCAAAGUGAGAACAGGUGGAAGACCGUGACGUGGAGAAAGCUUGCCGAAGAGGCUCCGAAAGCAAUUGCAUUCUGA